AUGUCUCGCCGUUACCUGAGAUCGAAUGCAUUCAAAUAUUCGUAUUCGGAGGCAGGAUAUCCUGAAAGACCACAAGACAUCGUUACUUUCAGGUGUACCCGGAAUCCCUCAGGAACUCAAGCCAGCGCUCAGCACUUCUUUCAAAGCUCGAACUUCUGUGGCAUAAUGCGGACCAUCAGCGGCGCCCAACUUGCCGAGCACAAGUCCAGACAGUCCUGCUGGCUGGCUGUUCACGGCAAAGUCUAUGAUGUGACGGGUUUCAUUAACGAUCAUCCGGGAGGUGCUGGUCUGCUCCUGAAGUCAGCUGGCAAAGACGCGACGUCCGCGUACCAAUCAAUACACAAUCCAGAGCUGAUAUCCGAAACUUUACCUCAACAGGCCCUGCUAGGCGAGGUUGACACAUCAACAAUUCCUGUCGAACAACAGGAAUCUGAUGUGGCCUCGAUAGGGCAACAAGAAGCACAAAGUGAAUAUCCCGCGCUGAGCAGCAUCAUCAAUGUUGACGAUUUCGAACAAGUUGCACAGAGGUACCUCAGUCCAGAGGGCUGGGCCUAUUAUUCGUCCUCAGCUGAGGACGAAACCAGCAAACAGGAUAAUGCUCGCCUAUUCAGAAUGCUUAAGCUGCGACCACGAGUUUUACGAGAUGUUCGUGCCAUUACCACAAGUACCAAGAUUCUCGGCAGUGACUCGUCGGUGCCGUUCUUCAUUUGCCCAACUGGACUAGCGAAGUAUGCACAUGCGAAGGCGGAGCUCAAUCUUGCUUCCGCUGCGGGUGCAGAGAAUGUGCAUCAGAUCAUCCCUACUAGUCCAUCAAUGUCUCUCGAGCAGAUCACAGAAGCAAGAUCUUCACCAAUCCAAACCCAAUAUCUUCAAGUCUAUGUUAACCGCGACAAAGAGAAAGCUCUGUCGCUGAUCCGAAGAGCUGAGAAGGCGGGAGUAAAGGGCCUUUUCAUCACUGUCGACUCACCCGUCCUUGGGAAGAGAGAAAAAGACGACCGACUCAAGGCGCUGUCACUAGGUUCAUCGGCACCAAAUGCUGGCGUUGCGAAGAUUGCUUCAAGCACAUUGCUGAACCCUGGUCUGAAGUGGCAAGACCUAGACUGGAUUCGAAGUGCUACUAAGCUCCCACUUGUUCUCAAGGGAGUGCAGACUGUGGAGGAUGCCGUUUUGGCAUACAAGCAUGGUCUCGAUGCUAUCUACUUAUCCAACCAUGGCGGUCGUAGUCAGGACACCGCGCAGGCACCUAUUCUCACGCUCCUUGAGAUCAGGAAACAUGCGCCAGAACUGAUCAAGAACAAGAAGAUUGAGAUAUAUGUUGAUGGCAAUAUCAGACGUGGCACUGAUGUCAUCAAGUGCCUCGCACUCGGAGCAACUGCAGUAGGUAUCGGCCGUCCUUGCUUGUACAGUAUGACUGGCGGGUAUGGUGAAGAGGGCGUCAAACACAUGAUCAGUAUUUUGAAGAGCGAGCUCCUAGUCAACAUGGGAUUGAUAGGAGCGACAAGUAUCGAUGAGCUAGUUCCCGAUAUGAUCAACACUAUGAGAGCGGAAAUGGAAGUCUUUGGAGGAGUAAAGCUGUGA